GAUAUUUAGCUUCAUACAUAGGAAAACUCUGAAUGCUUUCUGAAUAAGUUCAUGAGAUUUCCUUUCAACAAUACUUUUGAAACAGAUAAAAUUACUUCCUGUCUCUCAGUUUCCUGUAUCCAUAGCAACCUCUGUUUUGCACACUAAGUGUAGAGGAACCAAUGUGGAGAGGUGUUUCCUGCGUAAGCUGUGGCUUAAAAAAAAACCAAGUUAUGAAGAGCUAGAAGGCAACAGAAAUGGAGUUUAGCAAUGUCGCUCUUCAGUUUUAAAAAGAAAACUUUUACUUGAAUCAGCUGGCUGUUAAUAAUAUCAAUUUCCUAUUCUUGACUUACAUCCAAAGUCCUUAAACCAUUGUCUUCAUUGAUUCAUCUUCAGGCACUUUCUAAUCCUGCAAACUUUUGAGCCUUCGAGACUGGCUAGCAUCUUCAGCUGUUACUCUAAACAUCUAUUGUCAGAAUCCCCCAUUCAUGUGUGACAGAGCAUUAUGUUAUAUUAAAUGGACUGACAUUACAAAUUGCAUUACAUCUUCAACAAAUGUGUCCAGGGCUUUGGCUGUAAAAUCUCUUCGUAUUCAUCACAAGACCACUGCAUUAAUGAUGACCUGGCAUAAAGUAACCACACCUGGGAAACAUUUGGAAAAUACUGAGACUGAAAGUGUUAAUUUCUGGGAGCGAAUUCGUACUUCACCUGCCAGUAGAUUUUUUCAAGAGAAUACCCCUGGUAAUCCAUUAGAGACUACUGCAGUGUUACCUGUUCAAGUACAGCUUACUUCUUCUGUUAACUUGAAUUUGGAAAAAAGUGCUCUACCGAUUGAUGAUGCUUCAGUGUCAGGGAAAACAUCACUGACUUGUACCCAAGAAGUUGAGAAGUUGAAUGAGGCUUUUGACAUUUUGUUAGUUUUUUUCAUCUUAGCUUGCGUUUUAAUCAUUUUCUUGAUCUACAAAGUUGUUCAAUGUAAACAAAAACUAAAGGCACCAGAAAAUUCAGGGGAAAAUAGACUUGAAUAUUACAGCUUUUAUCAGACAGCAAGGUAUAAUGUAACUGCUUCAAUUUGCAACACCAGCCCAAAAUCUCUAGAAAACCCUGGUUUGGAACAGAUUCAUCUUCAUAAACAAAUUGUUCCUGAAAAUGAGGCACAGGUCAUUCUCUUUGAACAUUCUGCUUUAUAACUCAACUAAAUAUUGGCUAUAUGAGAACAGCGGUGCCAACUAUAUGGACAUAAAAUGGAAUGCUUCCCAACAUCUUAUAUACUUUAUUUGGAAAUAUAAUGAAUUAUAUGUACAUAGAAUUAUUAAAAUAUAUGGUUUUAAUAA